UAACAACCAUAAAACGCGGUCCCAUUGGCUACAAUAUAAUUCCUCUCCUUCCCAUCAGAAUUCUAUCCCUCUCAUUUCUCCUUGUUUCUCUCUUGUUCUUGCCCUGAUUGUUGUCGAAAAUCUGGGUUCGAUUUUUCCGCUUAGUGUUCCAUUAUAUUCCUGUGUGUUCAAAAUCUAAUUGGGGUUAUAUAUUUGGGAUACUAAUUGAAGUGAACAAAUUUUGUGAUUUGAGGUUGAAGGGGAGAAAAAAGAAAUCAAUUCGAGGAAUUCAAUUGAGGAAUUGGAAAAAUGGGUCUGGCAAAUUGGGGGAAAUAGUGUGAUACAGUCUUAAAAGAGUGAGAGAGCUUCGUGAUUUGGGUGGCUACAUGAGGAUGCCAGCGACUGACUUUAAAGGUUCGUCUCCUUCGUUAGCUCAUUUUGGCCGCGCGCUUCUCAGUCUUCGUCGUGAUCCCGUUCAAGUUCAUUCAAUGGAAGGGUCAGCUACACCUCAGCCUCAGUAUCAAAACUCUAAUUUGGACCAGGAGCUUGAGUCGUUUCAGAAACAGGUCACAGACCGAUUUCUGGAUCUCUCUUCAGCUGGCCAGGAUGAUUUGCUUUCUCUUUCAUGGGUAGGGAAGUUGCUUGAUUCGUUUAUCUACCUUCAGGAAGAAUUUAGGUAUAUUCUUCACAAUCAUAGAACUCUGGUGUUUAAACCCCCAGUUGAUCGAAUGAUGAGUGAUUUCUUUGAACGGAAUGUGAAAGCUCUAGAUGUGUGUAAUGCAAUACGAGAUGGGAUUGAUCAGCUUCGGCAAUGGCAGAAGCUGUUGGAGAUUGUUCUGUUUGCAUUGAACCAUCAAAAGAGUAUAGGCGAGGGACAACUUCGUCGUGCUAAGAAGGCACUCAUUGAAUUGUCAAUUGUGAUGCUUGAUGAUAAGGAUUCCAAUGCGUCUCUGGCACAAAGAAGCCGAUCCUUCAGUCGCAACGCUGUUGGCAGAGAUCAUCAUCAUAAUCAUCACCAUCGUUUUCGAUCACUUUCAUGGAGUGUCUCUCGCAAUUGGUCUGCUGCUAAGCAGAUUCAAGCAAUUGGGAACAACUUGAAUCCUCCAAGAGGGAAUGAUCUUGUGGCUUCUAAUGGACUUGCAGGGGUUAUUUUUACUAUGAAUUCGAUUCUGUUGUUUGUAAUGUGGACUCUUGUUGCUGCAAUUCCAUGCCAGGACCGUGGACUCCAGGUCCAUUUUUCAAUUCCGAGGAGUUUUUCAUGGGCAGCUCCAUUGCUAUCACUACAUGAACGGAUUAUGGAUCAGUCGAAGAAGCGUGAGCGAAGGAACUCGUGUGGCCUGCUAAGGGAGAUUCAUCAAAUUGAGAAAUCUACUAGGAUGAUGAAUGAACUGGCUGAUUCAGUACAUUUUCCAUUGACGGAGGAGAAAGAAGGGGAGAUCAGACAGAGAGUGCAGGAGGUUUCACAGGUUUGUGAAACUUUGAAAGAUGGACUUGACCCCUUGGAGUUCCAUGUGAGGGAAGUAUUUCAUAAGAUUGUGCAGGGCCGAACCGAGGGGCUUGACACUGCAGGUAGGCUAAACCAGCAGGAAUCUUGAGUAACAUCUUGUACUCAUCAUUUGGUCCAGGGUCUUAAAAGUUCAAGUAGGAGCAAAACCCUGAUUUGGAUUGCAAGGAGAACAAAAUGAAGAAGCUGCAGAAGCUCAAUGCAGAACAGGCUUGAUUCUUUCAUUUGAAGAAGCUAAAUGAUAACGAUCUGCUUUGGAGAGAGAUGAAAUAAACUUCCAUUGGGAUACAUGCUGCAAAGAACCCAAAGUUAAGUCCAACUUCCUUUCUAGGAAGUUUAAGGUUAGAUCAACGGUCAUACACAUGCUUGAUGCAAGAGUUCAACACACGCCAACUAAGGUUAGUCCAAAUAGCACAAAUUAGUCCUUGCUGGCCUGGCGAACCUCUAGGACCGAACUCACCUGCAUUUUACAUUAUAUGUAAAGGAGUUCAACACAUGAUGUCUUGCCAAAUGGGGAAGAGCAUUGAAAUUUAUCUAACUCCCAUCCUUCUUGGAAGUUGAGGUUGGAUCAGCUUCUGUGAACAUGCACUCCUCAGGUGAGCUUCUGGAAUCAAACUCACCAAAAAUUUUUGUCAUAGAAAGGGGAAAAAAAGGAAGUUCAACAGUGUUGAGUUGACAAGUGGAGAAGAACAUUGAAAUUUAUCUAACAAUUAUCGCUAUUUAUGGUGCUGGGUUCUGUCAUGUGAUGUUCACAUUUGUUUUAGUGGCCUUGUCUAUUUCCAUGAUUUAUAACUUCAGAAAGUAGUGGCUGUUAUGCUAA